AUGGCUCGCACUCCCGCAGCUCCCUGGGACCAGCUGCGUCGUUGGAUCGACCAGCAAGAAGCCUGGGAGAGGAACAAUGGCCAAACAGCCAGGCUGAGCCAAAGGCAGUCGGCAGCCAUUAGCGAACUCGUCUCCGCGGUCUCGGAGCCGGACAUUGGCACCGAGAACUACAUGACCCAGCUGAACAACGAGCUACAGGCCAAGCAGAUACCACACCCCAAAUGGCACGAUGAGGAAGUAGCUCAACCAGGGACAGAGGGCUCCCCCAGCACCCUAUUGUGGCGGUCCGUCUGCACAGUCCAAGGCUAUGGGAGGUUCCCUCGUGCUGGCCAUGGCUACUCUCACAACCAUAGGCCCUGCUUCCAGAACAAGAAGAAAGCAAAGCAGUUUGCUGCCCAACAGGCUCUUGCGGCUCUACGUGGUACGUCUGCUUCUUCUAGUUACAAUGAGAGUAGCGCAGGAGGCCCAAGCCCACCCUUGUCAAGGUCGUCGUCCAUGGGCAACCUGUCCGGGGCGGCUUCACCUAUCCCAGGCGCCCAAGAGACGAGAGCGUCGUCCAACCCGGGGUUGAACAAGGUCAAGGUUGAAGACGCUUACGACUCUCCUGCGUUUACAUAUGGGACGAGUGCGGGCCCGUCGUCCUCUCCCUCCUCACGGGGCGAGAAAGACAAAGAAAUUGACAAGCGUAUCAUUUGGCUGACUGGUCGCCUCAAUUUGGAGCAUCCGGAUUAUAACAUCGGGUGGGAUGCUUCGACCGAACUCUUCCACGGGAGAUUGCGCUUGAAGCCUAGUUACAAAGGCGCCGACCUUGGUUCCGUAAGGAACAUGCCAAAUCAACUGGCAGUGAAGAAGAAGUUGAACGAGCUGCUACUUGCUUGGCUGGAGAAGGAAAAUAAGGAUAGAGAGGAGACCUUGGAUUUCAUAAAUGGUAGAGGAUUACACUAG